GUUAGAAAGAACACGAAGAACACCUGAGCGGGGCCAUGGCGUACGGGUAUGACCUCGCGCUCGCGCUCUUUCUCGCGAUGCGUGAUUCCAGGUAGCACACAGGGAAGAAAGAUUCGUCUACAUGGGAAGAUCGAGGCAGCGUUGCGGGGAUAGAUCCCUACCGGGCAGGAGCUGGGGCUGGAUUUCGCCGUGAGCGCUGGAAGAAUCCAAUGUGCGCGGCCAGAUUAUCGAUCAAGGGAGCGGCGGCAUCGUCGUGUUCUCCAGAUCAGGGAAAGCCGCUCCUACUGCCGCCUUCUUCCGGCUCGCAUCAUCGCCGGGAGAGAUUCAAGAUCCUCGCGGCCGCGGGAAUCAGCGCCUUCUUGCUGCUGUCGCUCACAUUCUCCCCUCUCUGGAGCCUCCACGCCAGGCAUCGCCCCAUCCUCUCGCGGACGAGCUCUUCCAUUUCCUCCUCCGCCGCGACGACGCAGCAGCCCCGGCGCUCGUACGAUGUGCUCCACUACACCGCACUGGAGGCCAGCGAUGGCGACGAGAGGGAUAGAAUCCGGCAGCUCCUGGACGAGCGAUCGUCGGCCAAGUACUACUGGCACCACGGGCGGGGCGGGCGUGGCAGGGUGGAGCUGGAGCACAGCGAUGGCUACGAGCGGCGCCGCCCCACUCCCAUCCGGAGGCUGCGAGAUCGUCGGUGGACGCCGGAUCUCUCCAAUCCCAGGUACGCUCCCUACACCGGAGAAUUCCGCCAGAUGCUCCAGAGCUGGGCUCGCCGCAAGCGCUACGAUCCAGAGAUCAUGGCCGAGCUCCUUCCAGCGAUCAAAGAGCCCAUCGACCGCCACUACAAGAACUUAUCCACCACCACCACCACCGAGGACGAACUAGUGAUCCAAGAGCAAGCCCACCAUCGCCACCACCACCAUCACACCAAGGAGGAUGACCGAGAAGGACACUUUGGCGACCAAAGAAGAUCAUCAUCGCCAUCGCCAUCACCAUACCCGACGUGUGCCGUGGUUGGAAACAGCGGCGUCCUCCUCAACCGGACUUACGGCGCGCUCAUCGACAGCUACCAGAUGGUGAUGCGCCUCAACAACGCAAAGGUGGCGGGCUUCGAGCGCUGGGUGGGAUCCAAGACCACCAUCUCCUUCGUCAACAGCAACAUCGUCCACUCGUGCGCUCGCCGCCACCGCUGCUCCUGCCCCUCCUACGGCGACGCCGUCCCCACCGUCUCCUACGUCUGCCAAGUUGCGCACUUCCUCGACUUGGCCUACUGCCGCGCGCAUCGCCGAGCUCCGCUGCUCGUCACCGAUCCCCGCUUCGACAGCCUCGCCACCCGGAUCGUCCGCUACUACUCGCUCCGCCACUUCUUCCACACCACCGGGAGAUCUUACGACGACUGGAACAAGCUCCACGACGGGACGCUCUUCCACUACUCGUCCGGGAUGCAAGCGGUGAUGCUGGCGCUGGGGAUCUGCGACGAGGUGGGCCUGUUUGGAUUCGGGAAGCUGUCCAAUUCCACUCACCACUAUCAUACCAACCAGAGGACCGAGCUCGCGCUUCACGACUACGAGGCCGAGUAUAUCUUAUACCGUGAUCUCGUCCAUCGCCCAGGUAUGGUUCCUUUUCUUAAUGAGUCUGGCCUGGCGGUUCCUCCUGUGAAGAUCUUCCUCUGAGAAACUCAAACACACUUUUUUUUCGUUCUUCUCCUGUUUCUUAGGAAGAAAAAGAGAGAUCUUUCAUCUUUUACCUGUACAUUUUGCUCUUACGAAGAAAAAGUUUCCAUUCUUUUUUU